AUGCCUAUGCCUCUAGCAGUAGCUAGCUUGCUACCUCUACUGUUGAUCGAUUCGGCUUUCGCACUUCCAGCCGAUUCUUCCUCCGAGGCCGUACAAGCUUCAGCGAGCACUGGAACAUCAAGCGCCAGCUCUGAGAGCAGUACCAGCACAGACUGUAACUACGAUGGAAAUGUCGGUGACUACCUCUCUUGCGCAAAGAGCAAGAUAUCUACCACAGCGUUGAUCGGUGCAGGCAUCGGUGUAACCCUGGGUGUCUUUGUUCUCGCUUUCGGGUGCAUCUGGCUCACCAAGAAAAAGCGAAAGAAGGUGACUGAUGACAAGGACCAAGGAGAUGAAGGCGAAGAAAGCGGCAGCGAUGGCGAGAAGGUCAGCAAGGGAAGACGCGCGAGACAGAUGAACAGAGAAGAAAGCGAAGCAGAAGAUGACUGGAGACCAGUCAAGCUGAGAGAGGAUGAACCUCCGACAUAUCAAGAGGCGAGGCGGAAUCACGGAAAGAAGGGAGCCAUUCCGAGCUCGAUCCUCUGCCGAGGAAAGGCGUUCGUCCGGCACCUUCUGUUGUUCAGCCUUCUCGCCAAGCACCUUUUGGGGACAGUGGCUCGCCUGGACAGGACGUAA